UCUAAAAAUUCCCGGUCAUGAAGAGCAAGAGUUAGCAUUAGUUCAUUGGUACAAUUUUAAAUAUAAUAAUCCACAUUGGCUAUUCAAAUAUGAUUGUUCACACAUAAAAAGUGUUCCAAUAUUUACUAUUAUAGCAAUUGAUUCUAUUGUUGAACAAGUUCAU